AUGGUGUGCUACGCCGAUAAUGCAGCAAUUAUCGCCGAAUCAGAGAACAACCUUCAGACACAACUAUUCCAGUUCUUCCUAGAAAACCGCCAACUCAAUAUGAACAUUUCUAUCAGCAAUGCCAAAUGUAUCUCAAUCGUGAAGGAUCCGCUAAGAUGUAAGCUGGUCGUGGAGGACAAACCCAUAGAACAAGUGAUGCGAUUCAGAUAUCUGGGCAUAGAUAUAUCAAGCACCCACGGCCCAGUUAAAGACAUAAGGAGCCAGAUUAACAAAGCAUCCGCACUAUCAGGAUGCCUACGAGAUAUAAUCUGGUCCAAUCCCUACAUGCGCAAGGAUAGCAAAAUUAGAAUCUACAAGACUUGUAUCAGACCCAUCAUGACGUACGGCACGGAAGUCCGCGAAGACACCAACAAGAUGAAACAAAUGCUAAGGGUAGCAGAGAUGAAAACACUGAGGACAAUAUUGGGGAAAACAAGAAGAGACAGAGUAAGAAACACAGAUGUCAGAGAGCAGUGCGGGAUACAAGAUAUUGUGAGAUGGGGAAGACAACGUAAGAGGCAGUGGUGCAACCAUGUAAAACGGAUGGAUGAGAACAGACUUUCGAGAAUAGUCCUGAAAAACAACCGGCCCGGCCCAAGACCUCCCGGCAGACCACCUAAAAGGUGCAAAGAUAGUUGGCAAUCCACAUCACAGGAAAAGAUGCAGAGGCAGCUUCAGAAUUAA